CCGGACAGCUGGCGGGGGUAAACAGGGCCGGGGGCGGGGGGCACGGCCGGGGCCCCGCCGCGGCCCCUGCGCUGCGUCCCGCUCUGCCCGGUGUGGAUGGAGCCAGCCUCGCGACCUCCGCUGCCCGCUGCGCUCGCGCCCGGGAGGCCUGACAGGUAACUGAGCCCCUGGGUGCGGAUCCUGCCUCGGCUGGAAUGCUCGGAUGCACAGCAGCUCUUCCCACAGCUUCUCCUCGUCUGCCCCACUGCAAGAAGAUGGCAAAAGCCAACAUCACCAGAGACAUCAUCCACAGGCAGAUCAAGGAGAGGGGAGCUCUGGGCUUCGAGCGCCACUACCACGUCACCGACCCCUUCAUCCGCCGCCUGGGGCUGGAGGCUGAGCUGCAGGGUCACUCUGGGUGUGUCAACUGUCUGGAAUGGAAUGAAAAAGGAGACUUGUUGGCCUCAGGCUCUGAUGACCAGCAUACUAUUGUGUGGGAUCCUCUGCACCACAAGAAACUCCUUUCUAUGCACACAGGACACACUGCAAACAUCUUUUCUGUCAAGUUCCUGCCACACUCGGGGGAUCGCAUCCUCAUCACCGGAGCUGCAGACUCCAAGGUGCAUGUGCACGACCUGACUGUCAAGGAGACUGUGCACAUGUUUGGAGAUCACACCAACAGAGUGAAGCGGAUUGCCACGGCUCCCAUGUGGCCAAACACCUUCUGGAGUGCAGCAGAAGAUGGCUUAAUCAGGCAGUACGACCUGCGGGAGAACAGCAAGCGCUCCGAGGUGCUGAUAGACCUGACUGAGUACUGUGGGCAGCUGGUGGAGGCCAAGUGCCUGACAGUGAACCCCCAGGACAACAAUUACCUGGCCGUGGGGGCCAGCGGGCCCUUCGUGCGCCUCUACGACAUCCGCAUGAUCCACAACCACAGGAAAAGCAUGAAGCAGAGUCCUUCAGCUGGAGUGCACACGUUCUGUGACCGGCAGAAGCCCCUCCCGGACGGGGCAGCUCAGUACUACGUGGCAGGGCACCUCCCAGUGAAGCUUCCAGACUACAACAACCGGCUGAGGGUCCUGGUGGCCACGUACGUCACCUUCAGCCCCGAUGGCACCGAGCUCUUGGUCAACAUGGGAGGGGAGCAGGUCUAUUUGUUUGAUCUGACAUACAAACAGCGACCAUACACUUUUCUCCUCCCAAAGAAGUGCCACACUUCAGGGGAAGUGCAGAAUGGAAAAACCUCAACCAAUGGAGUGUCCAAUGGGAUCCAUCUCCACAGCAACGGCUUCCGCUUGGCCGAGGGAAGGGCACACGUCAGCCCCCAGGUGGAGUUGCCCCCGUACCUGGAGAGGAUCAAGCAGCAAGCCAACGAGGCCUUUGCCUGCCAGCUGUGGACCCAGGCCAUCCAGCUGUACAGCAAAGCUGUGCAGAAGGCCCCCAACAAUGCCAUGCUCUAUGGGAACAGAGCUGCUGCCUACAUGAAGCGCAAGUGGGAUGGGGACCAUUACGAUGCUCUGAGGGACUGCUUGAAGGCCAUAUCCCUAAACCCCUGCCACCUGAAGGCCCAUUUCCGCCUCGCCCGCUGUCUCUUUGAACUCAAAUACGUGGCAGAAGCGCUGGAGUGUCUGGAUGACUUUAAAGGGAAGUUUCCAGAACAAGCACACAGCAGUGCCUGCGAUGCACUAGACAGGGACAUCAAUGCUGCCCUCUUCUCCAAGAGUGAUAACGCUGAGGACAAGAAGGGGGGUGGCCCCAUCCGGCUGCGAGCCACGGGCCGCAAGGACUCCAUCUCUGAGGAUGAGAUGGUGCUGAGGGAGCGCAGCUACGACUACAAAUUCCGGUACUGCGGCCACUGCAACACCACGACUGACAUCAAAGAGGCAAAUUUCUUUGGCAGCAAUGCCCAGUACAUCGUCAGCGGCUCGGACGAUGGCUCCUUCUUCAUCUGGGAGAAGGAAACCACCAACCUGGUGCGUGUGCUGCAGGGAGACGAGUCCAUAGUGAACUGUCUCCAGCCUCACCCCAGCUACUGCUUCCUGGCCACCAGUGGCAUCGACCCGGUCGUGCGGCUCUGGAACCCCAGGCCAGAGAGUGAGACCCUGAACGGGCGCGUGGUUGUGGACAUGGAAGGUGCUUCCCAGGCCAACCAGCGGCGGAUGAACGCGGACCCGCUGGAGGUGAUGCUGCUCAACAUGGGCUACAGGAUCACAGGACUGACCAGUGGUGGGGCUGGAGGCUCAGAUGAUGAAGACAGCUCAGAGGGGCAAGUCCAGUGCCGGCCCAGCUAAAACAGAACUGCCUCUCCUUCCUCUAAAUGUUUGGCUGAAAGGGAACCGAGUUUCCUUGGUCCUGAACUUUCUCUGGUGAAUGACUGCACUGUUUCGCACUAUGCACAGGGUAGGACAAGCUGGCAGGGGCAGGAGCGGCCGUCUCUAAACCAUCACCUCCUCCUCUUCCUCCUCCUCCAUGGCAGUGCAGUCCAGGGUUUGCCUUUAGUGGAGUUUAGUCCCACCAGGGCUCUUUGAGUUGUCUGUGAGCAGUGUAACUGGUGAUUAUUUUUCCAGAGCUGCUGUAUGAUCUGGUACAGGGGCUGUUGCCUGCAUUGCAGGAGGGAUGUUAAAUUCCUGAAUAAAAUACAAACCUAGGGCAGGGGUUAUGGAAUGAAUUUACUGCAGUGAUUUGGAAAGCUUGACUGUGCUACCAGCCUGUCUAGAGGCCCCCGGUUUACGGUUGAUGGCCAUGAAACACCUGUUUUGUCCCAUAACAUCUUCUGGUUUCCAUCUCAGACACGUCAACGGAUGUAGCUGUGCUGUACUGAGCACUGGAGGUUGCCUGUCUUGUCCCCCUGUUUUAGCUGAGGGAUCAGUGAAGGCACUGGGUGUGUGCAGCUCCACGGGGCAGAAGGAGCUUGCCCAGUUCUGACAUUCCCUCCUGUGGUCCCUGAGCCCGUGGAGGGAGGUGACAGCAAAUGAGCACAGGCUGGAUCAGAGGCCUAGGAUUUGUAGCUAAAGCUGCUGAGGAAAGGGGCAGGUGACAGCACCACUCCUUUGUUGGUGUAACAUCAGAUGGAUUCGUGGUCCUCUCAGGAACCCUCCUUCCUCUUCCCACUCCCCCUGCCCUGACUGGCUGCAAAGCCAGGAGCACACCUGGAAACACAGCACUGUACUUCCAUUCCUUCCCUCUCCUGUAACACACAGCCCUGUUUUUCCCUCUUGCAGUUGCCAAACACUAAAUACCCCACAGAUCUUACACAGCUGUGCUACAACCACCUCUGGAGGUUGUUUUUUCUAGGACUAUCAACUAAGACCAAAGAGCCCCUGGAGAUCUGAACCGCUCUGCGCUGUCUCGUGUCUCUUCCUGCCGAAGGUCUGAACAUGUUAGCCUUGGUCCCAGGGGUGUGAGGUGUGUGUCUGGGAGCGUGUGCGCAUGUGUGUGUGCUGUUCUUCCAUGUGGUGCAAUCCCUGGUCUUCCUGUUGCUGCCGUGGAAAGAUGAGAGGCCUCCCUUUCCUCCCCUGGCUGCCUCUGCCAGGCACUGCUGAGCGCAGCUGCGCGGGGCUGCCUGAGCCAGGGCUGCCUCUGCCUUCCAGAACAAUCCUGACAUGAGCAGGGAGAGAGGUCAGCUGGCAGCAUCUCUCCAAGGACUCUGUUCCCUGCAGAGGGAGAGAACUGGGGCCUGAGGGUGCCCCUCACAGUCUCUCCUGCUCUGUCCCAGGGUGGAGCCGAGCUCGCCCCGCUGCUGUGGGAGCCCCCCAAAGGGAGCAGCUCCCCUGUGCUGUGCCCAGCUGUGGAGGCACGAUCGGCCUCCCCUCUCCUGCUGAGGCACAGCUCACCUGGGCCAGGUGUCCUUGAGCUGCUGGGGCAGCUUUGGUUGUUUUGAUGCAGUACCUGUGACUGUUGAGUUCACCUGGCUGGGGGCGUAGCCAGGUGCACCCCCGGCAUUUUCUGCUCUUCAAACCCAGAGGCAGCAGAAAAUUCUCCUCACUUGGGUGGCUUUCUGACAUGCUCUGCCCUUUUCUUUUUUUGCUUUAGGCUUCCUACUAGACGCAUCCUCUUUCUUUUUUUUUUUUUUCCCCUCCCACUCAAACUUUUUUUCAGCUUUCAGUAGACAACGUCUGCAGACUUUGAUUUUUAAACUGAGAGACUGAGGUGGAAAGCUCUGAAGAGAACAGACCUCUCCUUCCCCAUUCACCGUUUGCUGUGGCAGCUAUUUUUUGGUUUUUCUUUACCCUUGUGAGACAGUGCAGCUCUUUUACCUGCCAGUUGCAGUGUGAAAGCAACCAGAUUCCCUGCCUCUGCAGUGGGUUGCUGUUUUUAAUGGCUGCUUUGGUUAAAUAAAAAGAUUAAUAAUAAUAGGAGAGAAGGGGAGAGAAAAAUCUUUCUGCCUCUAGCCCCUUUUCCCCUUGCUGUGGGCAGAUUACCUGCUUGUCGCUUGUUAACGAGGAAUUUGUAUUUAUUGGUGAAGGAAAAAAACAUGCUGGGGAAGUCAGGAGAAGAUGUUGCUUUAUUGACCUCUGCUGUUUACUUCAACCCCCUCUUUGGGAAAGCUUCUUCCUGCUCUUUCUGGUUAACUCUUUCUAGCCUGGGAUAUGCAGGGAUGCCUCCUUUAUUUUUGUAUUCUAGCAAUGGGCUCUCCGUUAGGAGACUCUAGGAUUCUCUUAGUGUUGCAGUGACCAUUGCUUCUCGCUUUUUUGAGUACUAAAGACGAUCAUCUCGUAAACUUUGCCCCUGCAGUUGUAGAGGUAACACACGAGCCUUACUGCCCUCAUUAGAAGGAGCAGAAAACUUGUUUCUCUGGUCCCUGGAAGAGAAGGGGUUAAGCGAUUAAACAAUUCUUUGUUCUAGUUCUUUC